AUGGCUCUCCUACUGACGCCGGUACAGAAGCUCGUGAGCUGGUAUACCAGCAGGCAUCCUGUGGAUUUGUGGCUGGAACUGUUGCGCAAUGCAGAGAGCUUCGAGGAUUGGGAAGAGGCCGCUCUCCAUUUGGAUAGCUUGCUUGGUUUAGACUUAUGGAGGAACAACCCUACGUCCAAAUAUUACGACUGGAGGCUCAUCACCGAACGCUUGCAUUCUUUGGCUGUUGCUCGUGAAGAGAGCCAGUUUCAGCAAUUAGUCAACCUUCUCCGAUCCGGCCUCAUCCGUAACUUGGGAAAUAUCACUGUACCUAAGCUGUACAAUCGAUCCUUCUCGGGGACCAAAUAUCUGAUUGAGGAGUACAUAUCACAAGUCGCCGAGACUGUGGAUGACAUCAGCACACUACCAACUACAUUCAUGUCCAACUCGCAAGGCGGAGGGAGCGUAUUAACGAAUCAGAUGAAACUCGAUUUUAUUCAUGAUACCAGACAGGCAUUCGGCCGGAGCACUCUAGUCCUGCAAGGUGGAUCCAUCUUUGGAUUAUGCCAUCUUGGUAUUGCCAAAGCCCUCUUCUUGCGCGGUCUCCUUCCUCGCAUCAUUACUGGAACAGGGACGGGUGCCCUGAUAGCCGCCUUGGUGGCUAUACAUACAGAAGAAGAACUACCUAGUAUCUUGUCAGGCGACGGCAUUGACGUCUCGGCGUUUGCAUCGAAAGGCAGGUCAGAAAGUGGAGUGAUACCCCGUGAACAGACGUUCAAAUCGAGAUGGGCGACGUUGAUGCGACGACUGCGGAGGUUUUCUCGCGAAGGAUACUUUUUAGAUGUUACAGUGCUGGAGGAUUGUGUAAGGGCAAACGUGGGUGAUUUAACCUUUGAAGAGGCCUACAAUCGGAGUAAGAGGGUCCUCAACAUUACUGUUGCGACGGAGAGUCAGGGUGGCGUGCCGACUCUUAUGAAUUAUAUCACGGCCCCGAACGUUUUGAUAUGGACGGCCGCCGUAGCAUCUAAUGCCUCGUCUCCCUCGCUCUACGGCUCCCGCAAAGUCAAAAUCCUCGCCAAAGACGUCCACGGCACCAUCGUGCCAUGGGCCGCUGCCAAUACUACCAACUUCCGCCACUGGACACACACCUCUUACACGGACCGGGACUCUCCUCUCCAACGCAUCGCCGAACUUUUCAAUGUUAACCACUUCAUCGUCAGCCAAGCCCGCCCCUACCUCAUCCCCUUCCUGCAGUCUGACAUGCACGGCCCGUCGCUCCUAUCCCGCAGCAAAACCACACAACUCUCCGCAUUUCUAGUCCGCAUGGUCGGUCUCGAAGUCCGUCACCGCUUAAGACAACUCGACACGCUGCGACUACUUCCGUCGAGUAUUAGGCGAUUUUUGGUGGAUGAGCGAAUACCGGCGGCCUCCAUGACGCUGGUACCAGAAGUUACGGCCGGGGACUUCGUACGGCUUUUGGAGACACCGACGAGGGAUACGCUGAAUUACUGGAUCUUGAGGGGCGAGAGGAGUGUAUGGCCCGCGGUGGCGGCGCUGAGGAUUCGAUGUGCCGUCGAGAAUGAGCUCGAUAGGUCGUAUCAGGUGGUCAGGAAGUUGAAGGCUGGUGAUUUGAGGAGGAAAGGCAGCAUAGCUGGUGUGGAGGCCUGA